AAAAAAAAAACCACCCAGCCAGCAGCGAGCGCUGCUUUCCUCUCCCGCUGGUGGCUGGUCGAGGCCACAGGUAGGCGCGGGCUCCGAGGCGGGGAUAGUAGGAACUGCUUCCGGGAGUGAUGUGGAAGGUUUGUAAGGUUGACUUAAAAGAGGUGUAGCAGCGUGAAAUUGUACUCGGUCGGGGAUUACUGUGAUUUUGUAGAGCCCUGAAGUCUGAGGGGCAAUUGCUAGAUUCGGUGUACAAGAACAUUUUGGAAUAUGUGGGAUGUAAUCUGAAGCAGACUUGAGGUUUUCCCAUUUUGUGAACUUUUUUGUACGAAAGAACAUUUUCUGAAGCACUUCUAUAUGUCGACUCUCCAUGAUGACUUAUAUGAGAAUGCUACGGCGCUUCAUAAUGAAACAGUUUUCCCAGAAGAAACUUUGGAAGUUUACCUUCGUUAUUUUUGUCUUCUUAAUAUUUUUGGUUUUGUUACAACGAGAAGUAGGUGUUCAAGAAUUUAAUGAGGGACGAGGAAUGCCAUCUCAUGAUGAAAAGAAAACUGUAUUAGAUCUAGUGUUAAAUGCUGUGAACAACAUUAAAGCUGCAAAACCAAAAAUGCAAAUUAAAGCACCUCUUAGGCAGACUCAUAAUGCUGAACAGAAGCAUUGUUUACCAGGAUAUUACACAGCUGCUGAACUGACUCCUUACCUUGAGCGUCCCCCUCAGGAUCCUAAUACUCCAGGGGCUUCUGGUAAAGCAUUCAAAAUGAUCAGUUUAAGCCCAGAUGAACAGAAAGAGAAAGAGCGUGGUGAAGAAAAGCAUUGUUUUAAUUUAUUUGCAAGUGACAGGAUUUCUUUACAUAGAGAUCUAGGACCAGACACACGACCGCCUGAAUGUAUUGAGCAGAAAUUUAAGCGCUGUCCUCCACUGCCUACUACAAGUGUUAUCAUAGUGUUUCACAAUGAAGCAUGGUCAACUCUUCUGAGAACAGUUUUUAGUGUGAUGCAUACUUCCCCUGCAAUAUUAUUGAAGGAAAUAAUUUUGGUAGAUGAUGCCAGUGUAGACGACUACUUGCAGGAUAAACUGGAUGACUAUGUGAAACAAUUCCAAAUAGUUAAAGUUGUCCGACAAAAGGAAAGAAAGGGGCUUAUCACUGCUCGACUGUUAGGUGCUUCAGUAGCUACUGGAGAAACCCUGACUUUUUUGGAUGCACACUGUGAGUGCUUUUAUGGAUGGCUAGAACCUUUACUAGCCAGAAUAGCUGAAAAUUAUACUUGUGUUGUAAGCCCUGAUAUUUCCUCAAUUGACCUCAAUACUUUUGAAUUUAAUAAACCUUCUCCUUAUGGUCAAAACCACAACAGAGGAAAUUUUGACUGGAAUUUAUCCUUUGGCUGGGAAUCUCUGCCAGAACAUGAAAACAAAAAAAGGAAAGAUGAAACCUAUCCUAUUAAAACACCAACUUUUGCAGGAGGUCUUUUUUCAAUAUCAAAGGACUAUUUUUAUAAAAUUGGAAGCUAUGAUGAAGAAAUGGAAAUAUGGGGAGGAGAAAAUCUAGAAAUGUCUUUCCGAGUGUGGCAGUGUGGGGGGCAGUUGGAAAUUAUACCUUGCUCAGUUGUGGGUCAUGUGUUUCGCAGCAAGAGCCCUCAUACCUUUCCAAAAGGGACUCAAGUGAUUACCCGCAAUCAAGUUCGCCUUGCAGAAGUAUGGAUGGAUGAAUAUAAAUAUAUAUUUUAUCGGAGAAACACAGAAGCAACAAAAAUUGUUAAACAAAAAUCAUUUGGCAAUCUCGCAAAAAGAUAUGAGUUAAGACAACAAUUACAGUGUAAAAAUUUUACAUGGUACCUCAGCAAUGUUUUCCCUGAAGCAUAUAUACCAGAUUUGAAUCCUAUGUUACAUGGUUUUCUAAAAAAUGUUGGAAGAAGAGCAUGUUUGGAUGUUGGAGAAAAUAAUUUAGGCGGCAAGCCACUGAUAAUGUAUACUUGUCAUGGGCUUGGAGGAAACCAGUAUUUUGAGUACACUGCACACCAUGAAAUUAGACACAAUAUUCAGAAGGAGCUAUGCCUACAUAGUUCUCAAGGAGUAAUACAACUUAAUGAGUGCGGUUUCAAAGGAAAGAUGAGCAAGACUCCUGAAGAAGAGAAAUGGGAGCUUCGAAAGGAUCAGUUGUUGUACAAUGCAGCAUCCAAUAUGUGCCUUACGGGAAACAGAGAACAUCCAAGUAUGGAAUCAUGUAAUCCCUCAGACUUAUUUCAGAAAUGGAUUUUUGGCCAUCAAAAUUAGGUACUGAAAGUGAUAAUGAAAUCAACAAAUUAAAAUUGCAGUAGUUCUUUCAAGAUUUAACUGAUUUAACUUACAUUUCUAAGCCGCCGCCCCCUGGCAUAAAUCUGAAGAACACAUUAGUUUCUUAACUGUUUAAUAUGUUUACAGAAUACUGAAAAUUACAUUUUCAGUAGACCUCUUUAGGAUGUAAUUUCUUAUGUUUGACGAUCUAUGUGUCUGUCAAAUAUUUUACAUGGCAAAGUAACUAAACAAAAUUGUCAAUGAAGGUUAAAAUAUUUUUAUGUAGUAGUAGAACAAAGAAUGCCUAAUAGAAGUUGUUUAUAAUUUUAAACUGUGAUCAUUUCCUUGUUCCUGUUAGUUACUUUAACUAUUUAGCAUGUCUGUAAUCCAUGAUAUAUUUGUUUAAAACAUUACUUCUUCUGAAAAGAUUAAGUUAUUUUUGGAGUGUGAGAAUGAAACAAGCUCUGAACUUCUCUGUUGCCAUUUCACUGUGUCUUUGUUUGUAAGGGUUACUUACGUUCAUUUCUUUAAGAUUCUAAAACCGGUUAUAAACAGCUUGCAUUGCUGAAGAAAAAGGGUCUGGCACUUCUUUUGAAAUGAUACAUUACCAGUUUUGAUAAUGAUAUACAAAUGCAUUCUUUUUGUAUUAUGUAUAUGAACAAAUUAGGUAUCUGUAUUUGCAGUUUCUAUUCCUACCUCUUUACUUCUCUUGUUGUAUCAAAUGUGAACUUUAUGUGAUAAAGGGCUAAUAUAAGAACAUUGCAAGUCAAAUAGCUUCUUUCAUCAGAAGGACGGAGCACUUUUUAUUUUAAUUGAGCUGCACAAGACACAGUUAAUUCAACGUGCAAAAAAAAAUAGCUAAAUUUUGCAGGUUGUAACAUAUGCAGCUGCUCAAUUUGUUCUGCUAUAUUGUGAGGGGCAAAUUGCUGAGAAAACAUCAUUAAAAUGAGUUAUACCAAAAUUUAAAAAAAAAAAACCUGUUUGUGACUGAUAUCAAAAGUGUACUAAAAAAAAAGGAUAAACUUUAAGUUUGCCCCUGUCCCAUGUAUGCUCCUCAAGGAACACUUUCCCCAAGAACUGCAGCUUUAUGUCUGCCACUCUCAUUGCCGUAGCAGUUGUCCAGGAUGAGUCACAGAUGCUCACUAUGGAAAUGAAAUAACCAGAUUCAUGGCUGGUUUUUGCCAACCUUGUGUUUGCGUGAAAGCAGAUAAUGUGUUUAUAUUUCAGCCAAAACACCGUUAUAUUUGCAGUUUUAGAAGAUAAAAAGGUUUUUAAUUAUAUUUUUUAAAAUAGAUACAUGCAUAUUUCAAGAAAAAGUGUUUAUUGCAAGUCUGCAAGUACAGUAAAGAAGUUUACUGUUGAGACGCGGUUUACGGAAAUAUAUUUUGUGGCUUGACAGGCGUAAAGGAGAACCCUGUUCUUAUUUAAAAGUGUGUUUUAUGGUUUUCUAUUUAUACAGCUUUCCUUCCUGUUUGUUGCAAUGUUUAAGUCAGAAAAUUAACUACUAUUUUCUCUUCUUCCACAUUUGAAGUUCCAGAAUUUUUCAACCAAAUCCAUAAAGGGAGGCUAUCAUUAGCCUUCAUAGUAUUUCAUUGUGGCAUUUUUAUCACAAGAUCCAGAACACACUUGUUCUUCUGAUCCUGCCUACUCAGUGGUUUUGUAUCUGUCUAAAUGUGAAUUUAGCUCCAGGUUAGGGCGUUAAUUCUUGUUUUGUACUCCUAACAGUCUUCACUUCUGUGUAAUAUAUUGUGCUUCUUUAAUUCUGUUUUAUAACAAUAAUAAAAACAAUUUUAACGUCA